UAGUCUGAAUUAAAAUAUAGUAUGAAUUUCUAUGUAUAGGUCCAUUAGGUCUAUUUUUUAAAAAAUCACACAUGAAUCAAGGUUGUGACUUCUGUUUUAAUAUAUAAGAUAUAUACACCAGUCGAAGAAACGGCCAACUUUUAGAUUUAUUUUAAGUCAAAGACAAGGAGUGGGCAUAUAGUAUAUUCCUUUAUAUGACUAAACAGCAGGUCAUUUAGAGAUUGAAGAGCUAAUUCGAAAUUAAUAUCAACCAUAGAAAAUAAUAGUAUAUAAUGUGACAGCUUAUGAUAUUAAUUUCAGACGUACGAUUAGGAAGAAUACAACAAAACGAAAUAAAAUUGGAAACGGCUUCUCUUUAAUUAUUGUCCAGCCACUCUGUCUGUUCAAUUAGUCACUAGCCAGAUUCCCCCAAGUUCAUCAUGUCCACUGAUUUCAAUCAUACGCCAACCCCAACUCUUCUAGAUUCAAAGUUACGUAAGUCCAUUCGUUUCAACAUGCCACACGUUAUUUUUUUUUAUAUUAGACUAAAUCGUACCAUUCCUCUACAUAAUAAUAUACAAUCUCUUAUAUACAAAAAUGUCAGUCGCAUCUUAAAAUUCGCUUAUAGCUAUUUUAUCAGUUCACACAAAAAUAAUAAUAACAAUCAUUCCGGUCGUUCUCAAUUAUUUAUAAUUUGUUUUUAAUAUAUAGUACGAUAAAAACACAUGAAACACACCAAUCUGAAAGUUUAUAACCUAGUGACUUGUACUAAUUUAGCCACAUACAAUAACUCAUAUGUACAUUUGAAAUAUAUAAAGAAAUUGUUGACUAGACCUCAGCAUUCGAAUAUUCCUAUUAGGUUAAACAUCGGUUAUUUCUGGUAUUGAAUAAUUCUAAUAGAAUUGAUUAUGAAUUUAUCAUUAAGAACCAUAAAACUCAUUUGGUUGAUUCGAGUAGUUCUUAAUUCGUUAUUUCUUCUUUUAGUUUGGUUCUUAGCUUUUACUUUUAGUCAAAAUAUCGCAAGCAAUAGUUACUGGUUAAAAAUGUAAAUCAAUAGAACAUAUAGGGACUAAAACAUAAAACAAAAACAAAUGAAGAAGGAAGGAUACGUCAUGUGUGAGAAAUGCGAAGGAAGGAAGAAUCCUAAAGAAAGCAAAGGAGCAGCGAUGAAAUCGGUCAUCCGAAAACAACGGAUGGAUCUGUCGAUAUUGUUUUUGGAAGUCCUCAUCGAAUCAACGUCGAUUUUUCUUGUAAAACUCUCUUAUCUUUCUAGCAACAACGUCCAGUUUUAUAAAUUAUAUCAAAUCCAGGUUAGGGUUUGUGUCCUUCUUCAAUAUCUCAUGUGGGUCUCGCUUGAUUUGAAAAAAAAAAAAGAUUUAAACCUUUUUGUUUGUUUCUGGGUGGAAUAUGCAGCAAUGGAGGAUAAACAGCUAGGGGUUAUGAGAGUUCAUGUGAAAAGAGGGAUUAAUCUCGCGAUUCGUGAUUCCACGACCAGUGAUCCUUAUGUUGUUGUCACAUUGGCUAAUCAGAAAGUGAAGACGCGUGUGAUCAAUAGUAACUGUAAUCCAGUGUGGGACGAACAACUGGCCCUUACCAUCAAAGAUGUGACUGAUCCAAUUCGUAUGACGGUGUAUGAUAAAGACAGAUUUUCUGGAGAUGACAAGAUGGGUGAUGCGGAAAUAGACAUGAGGCCGUUCCUAGAAGCGCACCAGAUGGAGUUGGACUUCCAAAAGCUCCCCAAUGGUUGUGCAAUCAAGAGGAUCCGUCCAGGGAGGACCAACUGUUUGGCUGAAGAGAGCAGCAUCACUUGGAGCAAUGGGAAGAUCAUACAAGACAUGAUUCUUAGAUUAAGGAAUGUGGAGUGUGGUGAAUUGGAGAUAAUGCUUGAGUUGGCUGAUGGUCCAGGCUGCAAGGGUCUUGGACGAGAAGGAUCGAAGAAGACAUCAUGGAUGCAAACAAAACAAUUGGACUAAGAUGCAGAAAUGAUGAACAGAGACAUUGAAGAUGUGGUUGUUGGUUUUUUUCCUUCUGUUCAUGCAAAGACUAGUUCGUCUUUGUCUCAUCAGAUUUUUUUUUUGGUUUUGUAAGAAGUCUCUGCUUCGGUCUUUAGUUGUACAUGUUGAAUAUAACCAUAAACCCUUACUAUAUAUUUGUAUAUGUUUUUACUAUUGAAGAAAUAAAGCAAACCCUGAAUUUCUAGAA